ACUUAAGUAGCUGCAGGCCAGUGCAAGAAAGUAAGGAGGGAGAAACCCGGUUGCUGCUGACCCAUUCAGACCCGGACCCAGACUCAGCGACCCCAGUCACCCCUAGACUGCGCCAUGAGGGUCCCAAGCGUGGCUCUGUGGCUCUUCCUGGCUCUGCGUACUGCACUCAGUGGGAUGGAAGUGCGAUGGUGCACCACCUCAGACCCAGAGCAGCAGAAAUGCAGUGACAUGAGCAAGGCCUUCCAGGAAGCAGGCAUCCAGCCCUCCCUCCUCUGCAUCCAGGGCACUUCGGCCGACCACUGCGUCCAGCUCAUCAUAGCACAGGAGGCUGAUGCUAUCACGCUGGAUGGAGGAGCCAUCUAUGAGGCAGGGAAGGAGCAUGGCCUGAAGCCUGUGGUGGGCGAAGUGUAUGAUCAAGAGGUUGGCACCUCCUAUUACGCCGUGGCUGUGGUCAAGAGGAGCUCCAACGUGACCAUCAACACGCUGAAAGGAGUGAAGUCCUGCCAUACGGGCAUCAACCGGACAGUGGGCUGGAAUGUGCCCGUGGGCUACCUGGUGGAGAGCGGCCACCUCUCGGUGAUGGGCUGCGAUGUGCUCAAAGCCGUCAGCGACUAUUUUGGGGGCAGCUGUGUCCCCGGGGCAGGAGAGACCAGUUAUUCAGAGUCCCUCUGCCGCCUCUGCCGGGGCGACACCUCUGGGGAGGGGGUGUGUGACAAGAGCCCCCUGGAGAGAUACUACGAUUACAGCGGGGCCUUCCGGUGUCUGGCAGAAGGGGCAGGGGAUGUGGCCUUUGUGAAGCACAGCACGGUGCUGGAGAACACGGAUGGGAAAACCCUGCCCUCCUGGGGCCAGGUGUUGAGGUCACAGGACUUCGAGCUGCUGUGCCGGGAUGGCAGCCGGGCCGACGUCACUAGGUGGAGGCAAUGCCACCUCGCCCGGGUGCCUGCUCAUGCUGUGGUGGUCCGGGCUGACACGGAUGGGGGCCUCAUUUUCCGGCUGCUCAAUGAAGGCCAGCUGCUGUUCAGCCAUGAGGGUAGCAGCUUCCAGAUGUUCAGCUCUGAAGCCUAUGGCCAGAAGAACCUGCUGUUCAAAGACUCCACCUUGGAGCUUGUGCCCAUCGCCACACAGACCUACGAGGCAUGGCUGGGCCCAGAGUACCUGCAUGCCAUGAAGGGUCUGUUCUGUGACCCCAGCCGGCUGCCCCCCUACCUGCACUGGUGUGUGCUGUCCACUCCUGAGAUCCAGAAGUGUGGAGACAUGGCUGUGGCCUUUAGCCGGCAGAGGCUCAAGCCAGAGAUCCAGUGUGUGUCAGCCGAGUCCCCCCAGCACUGCAUGGAGCAGAUCCAGGUGGGGGCUGAGCUGCCCAGGGAGGGGCUGGGUGAGCCAGGUG